GUUUUCUCUGCGCAUCCCUAUACUUGACUGCUCGAGUUCACUUCAAGGUGGGAAAUGGGCUCCCAGCGUACGGGAAUAGUCGAACUAUUCAAACCGAAGGGGAGAGAGAUAGAUAUUGAUAUUGUAGCUGUACACGGGCUGCAGGGCGACGCUAUCCGAACGUGGACGCACGAGAAAAGCCAUCUCUGUUGGCUUAGCGAUCUCCUCCCAGAAAAGAUUCCGAAUGCCAGGGUGCUAAGCUGGGGCUAUCUAGCAAACACAAAUUCAUGGGGUGGGAAAUCAACGACAUCAGAUAGAAUCCUCCAUCAUGCAGAAACUCUCAUUGAAGAGCUUCAAAUUGACCGAGAAGUUCACGAUGCUUCGACAAGACCGAUCAUUUUCUUAUGUCAUUCUCUGGGCGGGAUCAUAGUGAAGCGAGCAUUGACCAUAGCUGCUGGUCGUGUAUCCUCCAGGAGCGCUCGUCUUCACUUGAUUUAUACGUGCACAUUCGGCAUUCUCUUUUUCGGAACGCCCCAUAACGGAUCAGGAAUCGCCCGACCGGCAAACAAGUUGAUGAAAUUUGCAUCUGCUGUUGUCCCGAGGAGGAUUACUCGCUUUGAGACAAGCCUUGUCACGGGCCUCGAAGUAGACUCUGAGACUCUGCAAAACAUAACACAAGACUUUGCACCAAUGAUGACUCGAUACCAUGUAUACUUCUUCUGGGAGCAGCUUCCGACAAACCUUAUAUACUCAACGGACUAUGUUGUGGCACGUGACAGUGCUGCGCCAGUGAUAGAUGGAACCAAUCGAUGUGGGAUCGCCGCAAAUCAUCGAGAUAUGUGCAAGUUUGAAGGUAUCGAUUCGCCUGGCUUCAAGGUAGCCAUUGCAGCUCUGAAGCGAUAUGUUCAGGCGGCACCACAUGUUGUGGAGACUCGCUUGGAAGAAAGUGCAAACAUGCUCGGCGAAAGACGGAAGAACGAAGCUUUGGAUCUGAUUAAAGACUCCAAGGUCCCUCUAUUCUCUGGCUUAGAGAAACACCGAAGCAUCGAUAAGGGCACUUCGGGUUGACGCUUUUCUCAACUAUUCAUAAAUCUUGCAUUAUUUAUGGCGAGACAAGCAGUGUAUAGCAUUCCAUACGCAGUCCGAGUUUCACGGCGGGCAAUACUCUCCUAUAGGCUAAGCCUCUAAGGUCGUAGGCACAUUGUUUUGACAAAUGUAUAAAUUUGCGCUCGAAAGAACGGUCUGAGAAUAUUUCAAAGAUACAACAUUGGUUGGACUGGUGAUAUGAGUAGACAGAAGAUGAUUGUUUCGAAUGGUAAUUACUAGCGGAAAUACCUCAUGUCCAUAACUUGUUGAUUGACAUAGGAUAACUUACACU